AUGCGUAUUCUUCUAAUCAUAUCUCUCGUCACGAUGGGCACCAUGAAACCGUCCAUGGGCAUGGACAUGAGCAUGAUCAUAUCGACUACUAUGGAUAUAUUUCAGACCCAUCCUAAAUACGAGUUCGAGUACAAAGUGGAAGAUCACCACACAGGCGAUAGGAAGUCGCAGCAUGAGCACCGUGAUGGUGAUGCUGUGAAGGGAGGCUACUCGCUGCACCAACCUGACGGCUCCGAAAGGCAUGUUGAAUAUCAUGCUGAUGAUCACAGCGGGUCUUGUGCCUUGCUGCGAUUGUCGCUGCAGUGGUUUCGCAAGAUCACGGCCACGCAUACUCUUCUAAUCACAUAUCACGUCAUGACGGUCAUCACGAAAGUGUUCAUCAGCAUGACCAUGAACAUGACUCAUCCCAAGUACGAAUUCGAGUACAAAGUGGAGGACCAUCACACGGGCGACAAGAAAUCGCAGCAUGAGCACCGUGAUGGUGAUGUCGUUAAAGGCGGUUACGCGUUGAACCAACCGGAUGGCUCUGACAGACAUGUAGAGUACCAUGCCGACGAUCACAGCGGUUUUCAUGCUGAUGUGAAAUACAGCACGCACCACCUCCACCACCAUCAU